UCAAAAUCGGAAAAGAGCUACGAUUCUCUGGCUUGACAGAACCUUCUUGGCUCACUACGACAAGAAGAAAUGGAGCAUUGUGGGAAAAAAAAACAGAAUUUCAUCAUGGCCACGCAGCGUUGCUAAUAGCCCUAUUGUGUUCGCUACCAAUAUGUUUUCAUGCUUCUAAACGAAAGUUACCCCUCAAUGUGUAUUUUUAGUUCAAAGAGGAAGAGGAAUAACUCAUCUCUUCACAGAAGAAUCUACUUACUUGUCAUCAUAUAUUGAAGUCUUUCUUAAAAAGAAAAUUUAAUCUUUCAUCUAUUGCCUUACCAAAGUCACACAAUUUAUGGCAUUAGCUAGUUUGUUUUUAUUUAUCCUUUAAUAUUAUGCAAAUAAGAAAAAGUAGUUGGUCAUGCCAGAACAGUUAUCUUUUGAACAAUAAUCGUAAUUGUGGUAUCAAGCUAUUUAACAUGGCUUCAAGAAUUAAUCUGUCAGUCCAAGUGGCAGUUGCUAUUUUGCUAAGAAGAGUAUCCCAAGAAAAUCAUAACAUUGGGGAACGUGCUUGGGGUUGGCUUGUUGGCAUGCUCAGGGUUCGUUAGUGGAGAUGAAUUGGGUCAGAAUGAGAGAUAAAAUUUGCUGACCCCUGCUUCAGCAGUGGAGAACCACCAAUGGAUAAAAUGUACAUUAAACAUGAGCCAGGCUUGGAUACAAGUGGCAUGGCAAGUGUGUUGGGAAGCGGGGUUGCAGGCGGGGUAGCUGCUGAUGCAGCACAAUCUCGCAUCUGUUUUGUAUGUGGAAGUGUAGGGCACAAAGAGCAAUUUUGGCUUAAUGUUAAGCCCAAUUCUAGCAACCCCAGUGAACCAUACUUCCCAUAUUUAGAGAGUCAUGAACCACCAUCAGGUUACAGACACCUUUCAAGUUCUCGACCAGAUACUGUGGUUCGAUCGUGCUAUUUGUGUUAUUCAAUGUUGAUGCAGCAGUGGAAUAAUUAUGAGCGUGACAAAACACCACAUGCUCAAAGAUUGUACUGGAUGAAGCGCUGUGAUAAUGGACCAUACACGGGUGCAGAAAUGGGAUUACAAGGAGAAUAUGCUGCUCAGGUGCUUGGACUCAGUCAUGAACCAAAUGCAAUAUCUGCAUCUACAGCUGUUUCCCAAACUCUGAAUAUUAUACCAUCAACUACAGCCACAACAUCUGCUGUAAACUCAAGUGUGGAUAUUUCUUCAUCUGGGCCUCAGCAGCAUACCCCAUCUUCAUUUCGGGAAGAAACUGGUGCUGCCACUCCUUCAUCCACUCCGAUUAAAGCUGCUAGUUUGCCAUUGACUACGGGUUUGCCAUCUCGUUCACUAGAAGAUCACAGAUCUUCUUCUGAUAUGGCUCUUGAUUUAAGAAAUACGUCUCGUAAUUCACCUACUUUGUUGCCUGCUCCUCAGCCUGUCUCCAGUGCAUUUUCCCGCCUUACAAGCACUCCUGCUAUGGACAUUUUAGAUCUCAGUAUGCCAGAUAAAAAUGCAAUGACUGAAGUUUGUUAUGUUUGUGGGGAUGAGUUUAAAAGGGGCAUUUUAAAUCAUAUUGCGGCAAAGCCUCAAACUCUCAAGCCUGGUGAAAUUCCACCUCAUCCAUCAACAAUUGAUGUGAACAAAGUUCAGCAGCCUUUCUUUCCAAGUUUAAUGUUGCACCCAAGACCAAGCAGGUCACGGCCUAUGGAUAGUGCUGGCCGAGUGCAGGCCUGUUCGGAGUGUCAGAGACAUUUAUUACAACAGUGGCAUACAUUAUCAGCUCAAAGAAUCCCUCACCAAGAACGAAACUAUAUUCUUCGUAAACGACCUGCCCCAGCGCUUGAUAAUAGCACCUUUGUUUGUUAUACAUGUGCUCUUGAAUAUCCUUCCACGUCACUUCGAUUAUUGUUUUGCUGUCCAAAUGCAGAAAAAGAGCCCUAUUUUCCUUUUAUUUGUGGCCUUAAACCACCCCUUGGAGCUAGUCCCAUAUCUCCUCAAGGGACAGUGCAGGUUUGCUCUAUCUGUCACAAAUCAAUUCCUCAAAAACAACAAGUGUUUGGAGGUGAACCAUCAGGAAUGCUUGGUGGUCUAGCGGGUGGAUUUCAAGGAAGUGUUUCUGGUAGUUUACAUGGUAGUGGGAUGGGAGGUGAGUUAGGUGCUGUUAGAUUAGCUGGAGGCAGCCAAAUUGGUAGUGAUAUACGCUUUAAGCCAUAUGAACUAAGUCGUCCUCCAAGUGCAAGUGGCAGCAGACAGAGAACACCAACAUCUGAUCAAAUGGGUCUCACUGCAUCUCCUGGAGCAGGAAGUCCCAAACCACCUUCUUGGCCUGAACCUCGACCAUCAUCAAGACCUCAAGCAACACCCCCACCUCAACCAGUGGGUGGAACAGGUCAACUACAAAGUUAUCGGUGUUACGUCUGUUCAGGGCUCUUCGCUAAGAAUCAUCUGGAAUGGUUGUGUACAAGUGCGGAAGGCAUGAAUUCUCAUGCAAUGCAUUUUCCUUGUUUGCGCAAUCUGGUGAGGAGUAAUGAUUUCAGCUCAGCUGAUUCUCAUGGACGAGUGCUUUCUUGUACACGGUGUUAUCGCCACCUGGCUCGACAGUGGGAUAACAUGGAACAAGAGAGAGUACCUUUAGAAAGGCGAAGGUAUGAUUUACCAAGUCCUGCCAAUCCAGGUUGUUGGAAUGGUUCAUCAUCUCCAUCACCUCAUCCACGCUCUGCUCCUCCUACACCACCAUCUAGCACCCCAACUCCUACUCCUCCUGCUGCCACAGGUGGCAGUUCCAUCUACUGUUUCUUGUGCGGCCUCCACUCAGAACUGACUCUUGCCCGAGUGUUGUAUGGUCGUUCUCAAGGUCCAAGUGCUCCUUUCUUUCCCUCACUUCUCACACAUCACUCCCCUCCCAAUGCUGAACAACUGCGAGAAGAUGGUUCUGCUCUUGUAUGUACAUUUUGUUACCAUUCACUCCUUGCACAGUGGAAAAGGUAUGAAGCUGUAGCAAGCAGUUCAGGCACAUUGGUACCCUCAGACAGACGAGAAUAUAACACUCAUGACUACUGUUGUUAUGUUUGUGGUGUUGCAACAUACCGCCGAAGAGUACGUGCUUUACCCGUUAAAGAUUUCCCAUUCUUGAAAGAUCACCGUCAGUCAGAUAAGCGCCUUCUUCUGGAGAAUGGAGAUUUUGCUGUUGUUUGCUUGGACUGCUAUGAAUCACUGCGAGCCCAGUCGCUUACUUAUGAGCGCAUGGGGCUGCCUGUUGAUAAAAGAGAGUACAAUUGGAUCACUCAACCUCCUCCACCAGAGGAUUCACCAGAUGCAUCUAUUGCAAGGCUUCCAUCAGGAGAACGCACUGAGAAGUCAUCAUUGAGCUCACCACUAAUAUCAAACCGCACUGCUAAGAAGCCUGCUCCUUCACCAAAAGUAGCUGGUCCUGACAGAAAGAACUCAAAACAGCUUGUCCACCCCGAUCAUCAGGGUCUGUCGCCCGGCUCCAAACACCCUGGUAGCCCCGUGCCCGCCUCCGCCCUGCCGCCGGCCAAGCAGCCCCGGAGCGCCUCGUCGCUGACGCUCUCGGGCGGCCACACCGUCCCGGGGCCGGGUCCCGGAGCCGGCGCCGUGGGUGCGGCAGCCGCGGGCGGCGGCGCGGGGGUGCAGCCCCCUACGUCGCAGGCCGCCUCCAACGGUGGCAGCCGCUCGUUCGCUGCAGCGCUGCGGAACCUGGCCAAGCAGGCCGUGUCUCCGGCAGAUCGGGAGCGUGAGGAGGAGCCUUCCCGGCAGAUGUCGCCCAAGACCCGCGGCCCUCAGCCCCUGGCUUCCCCUCUAGGCGGUGCGGACGGCCGCAAGGACCGGCUUGACGGCCACCACCUGGCGCCGUCGCCGCUGGCCGAGCGCGAGCCGACGCGGAGCGGCUUUCAGCCUUACCGCCCGUCGCCGUCGGACGAGCCGCGCACGCUGCCCCCGCACGUCUCGCCGCACGCAUCACCGCACGCCUCGCCGCACGCGCCGCCGCCCUUCGGCAUGGACCCCGGAGCGCCGCUGGGCUACAACCCCUACCACGCGCUGUACCCCGCGCACCUGCAGCAAGCCUACAGGCUUGAGGAGCAGCUGUACCUGGAGCGCUGCGGCAUGCUGCGCGCGCCGCCCUCUCUCUACCAGUCCUACCCCGCGGCCGCGCUGUACGGCCUGCAGGCCGCGGGGCUGCAGGCGGCGGGGCUGCAGGCCGGCCUCCAGGGCCUGCGCUACCCGGGCAUGAGUCCUGACGUGCUGCCCUCGCACCUGGGCAUGCUGUCGCCGGCCAUGGCGGCCGAGCGCCUCAAGCUGGAGGAGGAGCACCGGCUGCAGCGGCUCCGCGAGGAGGAGAAGGACAAGCAGGACAGGGAGCGUGAGAGAGACAGAGAGCAGCGCGAGCAGCGCGAGAGGGAGAGGGAGAGGAAGCAGGAGGAAGAGCGCGAGAGGGACAGGGAGAGGGAGCGGCGCGACAAGGCCAAACGGGCGUCGCCCUCGCACUCGGUUGCCGUUCCCUCACACCAUGACAGUACAGCUAGGAGGCCAACCGUAGUGGGCUUUGGAGCUGAGCCGCCGACCACCACGGGCGCCACCGUUCUACCUACCGCUGCGACCACCUCGUCUUACGCGUACUACACGCCCUACCCUACCCCUCUCUCCUCCCUGUCCUCCUUCGCCACCUCACUCACCUCCACCCUGACGACGCCGCUGUCCUCGCCCGCCAUGGGUGCCCCCAGCACCCUUGCUGGCCCGUCCACCUCCAAGCCGCACGCCCAGGACGUCGACAAGGUCCUCGUCAAGGCUCCGAGCCCUGCCCCGUCGCCUACACCUGUCGCUGUCAUCACGCCCAGCCUGUCUACGGCAUCGUCAUCGCCCACAUCAGCGUUUGUAGGGAACGCUUCCCCACUUGCAUCAGCAGCGCCACUAAGCGCGCCCAGCACCCAGUUACUUCGAACACUCUCAUCCUCACUGCCCCUGACGUCGACGUCCUACUCACCAGCCUUCGUGGUAAGCGCCGCGUCUUCGGCGACCACCGCCACGAUUGGUGCAACCACCACGAUGUCGGCGCUGGGCGCAAACCUCACGCCACCCUUGUCGGCGUCGCCGGUGGAGGCGUGCGCCACGUCGCCGUCGCCGUUCGCCCCUGCCGCCCUGGCGUCGGCGCCGACUGUGAUAGCGGCGCCGUGCCCCAGCGUGCACUCUGUGCCCGUGUCCAUCCCGCUCACCAUGCUGGGCAGCGCCUACUCCGCGCCGACCUCCACGACGGCUUCCUUUGUCACGCCCGCCGAGACGAGCGGUGGCCUCGCCUCCGUCCACAACCCGCGCUCAGAGAUCGUCGCCGAGGCGCCUCUGCCUUCGUCACCCCCACCCUCACCAACAACCUUAGUACCUCAGCCACCUCAGCCAUCUAGUCAGCCCCCGCGCCCCAAGUCACACGCCCUGAUGCGACCCUUCCAAGAGGAGGAGAAGCCCGAGGCGGCGGACGCCAAAGAAUGUCCCCCCACACACAGCCCGUCCCCACCCUCAUUCACAACCUCGUCUACCUCAUCGCUACCCCUUAGCUCAGCCACCACGUCUGUCAUAAUGUCCACCAGCAAGCUCAUGUUCUCCUCCAGUACCGCCACCUCCCUGACGACUUGUGUCUCCUCCAUCGAGUCUGUCUCAACUACAGCCAGCCAGGCGGCCGCCCUUACCAUUGGCAGCCUGCUGUCCUGCACCCCACGCAUUGAGCCUGGCAAAACUUCUACUCAGGCCGACCCGUCUGAUCCGACCUGCCCCAGGGUCUCCGCCAUCGUUAGCCCCACCAUGGCUCAACCACCUCAACCAGCCGAACCGCCUCAACCAGCGGAACCUCAGCAUGCAGAGGAAACUGAAGCAAAUCCAUCACCACCCAACGCCGUCCUCAAACAGCUCCACCAGCUUACAGCCCUUAGCCUCCUGCAGUCCUCACAACCCGUAAACUAUGCCAACCACGUCAGCAAAAACUACAAUUUUCAAAAGAAAGAGGACGUGGUUAGUCGUCUGGACCUGGUUGAGCGUCGACGCAAACAAAUGCAGCUGAAGCGCAUGGAGACAGGGUCACGACAAAACAAGCAGCCAAGAUUCUUCAAGCCUCGAUCCCGACAAGACAUUUUGGUGCCUCGUCGAGAUUUGGCGAGCACUCAUGAUGUCUCAGUCUCAACCACCAUUCCAGUAGCUUCAGUCAAUGGGAGUAAUGGCAUUGCUCUAGAUGGAGCAAACCUCUCUGAGGAGUCUGACACAGACUCUGAGGAGUGGUGGGAUGACCCAAAAAUUGACAUCCUCAUAACAUCCGGCCCACCAGCACCCCUUGAUGCUCAACCAGAAAAACUUGAUUUCCUAAGUUAUUUUGGUCUUACCACCUUUGGCAUACGUAAAUACCUAGAAUUACAAAGGCUGCUUAAUGGAACUGGCAAAAUAACAUCAGCACUUGUAGAAGAUGAUGAUGGUGAUGUGAGCAAGAUACCAAACGAGCUUCAACUUCCGCUGCCGGAUCAUCCUCCAGAGAUUGUCUGUGGUGGCACUGACUAUUCUAGUAAAGUUCAGUUUUUGCUGGAGCUUGAGUUAAAGGCAUCUACCCGACGGGAACGGGAAGAUUCGGAGACAUAUUGGCUAGCUUCCGAAGCUGAAAAGUCAAGGAGAGCUGGUAAAUGUAAAGUGACCAAGUACCUUUCAGCUUAUCGGGAAGCACUUAGCAAAGUUGUGAAAAGAACCAAACGAAAUUCCGUCCCAGCUACAGCACAAAAUGAUCUUUCUUCAAGCAUUCCAUCUCGAAGUUCUGUUCCUUCUAUCUGUGAUAAAUUACUUGGGUUAUCUUUUUCUCGUAUCAAUGGAGUGUCUACUUCUUCGGCACAAUCUUACCUGCCACUUGUGAGAUCUGCAUUGCCUUGUGUUCUUGAUGUUAUGCUUCCUGCAAUGCUACAACAUCCUAAUGGCGAGCUCUCCAGCUCUGAGUCAGAAAUUAUAGUUGAAGAAACUGAAGAAGAUGAAGAUAACUGGCCUGGCAUUGAGGAAAUAUUCAGCUCUUAUUUAAAAUAAGCAAACCAUGGAACUCUCAGUGCUACGCUCUCAUCUCUCCAAGCUACAAAGUGAUAUUUCAAUCAACACUAAUGAAAUAAAUGCACUUGAGCAACAAAUUAGGGACUUGACUAUGAUCAAGACAUCACAGGAAGUGGAGCAUAUGAGGUUACAAACAACUUUAGAUAGUUUAUCUGGCUAUUUAAAAGGACUGAAGACUAACUUAAGGUAUAAGAAACCUUGUUAAUUUGUGGAGUUAAUGCGGGUAGCAAAUUAUGGAAAACUUGUGUGUAAGUCUUGCAAAAGUCUUUUGCAUGCGACUGAUUCAGGGAUCAACAAAUGUUGGUUUCCAAGCCAAAAGGUUGAUAUGAUCAUUAUAAUAAUACCUACAGCCAUAGGGUGAGGGAUGUGAUACUGCUUGAUGAGUUAGUAGAAACCAUGUACCUGAGAAGAAUUAUGACAAAACCCUUUUCUUUCAAUUCUAGCAUGAUUCUUGAGUUGCGCAGAAUUCAUAAUUCUGAGAAAUAUGUUUUCAAGUCAUUUUAUUUAUUGACGGGCUUAAAGUUUGUCAGCAGUUUGUACCUUGUUACCUUGACUAGUUCCUUGCUAGUUCUUUGGCAGCUUCCUUUAGGCUUGAAGUAGCCUAAUAUAUGUGUAACAUGUUAAUGUUUCUUUUUUUUGUACCUACCCUGAAACUAUAGAAUCAUGCUGGUCUUGGUAGAUUUUUUGUUCUUUUUACGUAAUUACCUAUAUUGACGUGUGGUCUGCAGUCGUAUUUAGAUGGUAACGGUGAUUUCCCUGUACAAUAAUAGUCAUGAAUUUUCAUUUUAUUCAUUGGACCUUCAUAUGGGAUCAUAACAGUUCAUAGUUAUUGGAAAACAUACGGUAACUAGUUAAUUGGGGAAAGCUGACAAAUUCAUUUGCUGAUGCAUUUUCAAUACAAUUAUUUAUUGAUAAUAUGUCGACCCCUACCUGUCGGCAUCAAAUGCUGUGAUAUCUCUCGUUUCCUUUACACUAAUUUUUACUAGAAGGGAGUUCACCAUUCAUAUUUUACCAUUUUUUUAAAUGGAAGGCCAUGGAUUUGUUCCUUCUAUUUUAUUAAUUUUUAAGUUAGCUAUUGGUGAGAAUAUGGUGGAUAGUCAAGAGAGUUUAUUUGCAAUUUUCUUUUGUGUUGAGUAUCAUGCUUUAGUUUUGUGGUCUGGCAGGCAUUACCGUUCUGACCAAGCCUAGUCUUGUAUUUAUUCCAUGCCGUGGUCGGAGCUCCCUGUGACCCUUUCCUUUCUGUUCCUGUUGUUAUGUGCUACUCCAAUGCACAUUGUGAUUAGCCAAGGAAAAAAUUCCAUUGCAGGAAGUUUCGUUUCAUCUAAUUUUAAACUUUUUUAAAUUUGUAAAUGCUUGGGUCCUAACAUGACUUACUGACGUUUUUCAUUUUUAUGAAUGUACUUGCAUAAUGAAAAUUAGCUCAUAUAUUUCACUUAUUUAAUGACUGUUUAGUGGCCUUAUUUGGUUUUCCAGUUGUUUUGAUUUUAUUCUGUGCUGAAAGUGACCAUUUUGUAAAACAAUCAAGGUUUAUGUGAAACAUGUCUGACAGCUGAAAGUUUCACUCUUUAUAGGGAAAAAAAUCUUUUUAUUAGUUAUAAUGUGCUGUUACUGUUAAAUUUGCAAUUUCGUCUUUUGUAGAAUUAACGUUGUGGAAGCUGUUUUGUUAUUGAGAUAUUUUAUCUUCAGAAAGAAAUUUAAACAGUACCAUGCACCAUGAUGUUAAAAAUCAGGUUGAUUAACUUUUAUUUAGGUGAAGUGAUUUACUAUGUGUCAACAUUUUCAAUUAAUGAAUUUUUUGACAUGUACACCGUUUUAAUCUAAAGUGUCGUGGUCAAUCUGUGCCAAUCUAUUUCAGAAACAAUAGUAGAUACCAUAAUGCGUAUGUAUAAAACAAUUUUAAUGUUUGGUUUUCUGGCCAAUUUUGCCUGCUUCUAGCUGUACAAACUAAUGGUGAUGAACAUGUUUUAGUUAACAUUUUAAUUUAGAUGAAGUACAGUGAUGUAACGUCUCACCUGUGUAAGUUAUGAUAUCAAGACAACGCAAUAUUACUUAAUUCUAAUUCACCAUAAAUUGCUGGUCUUUGUUGUUGUUUUACCAUUAGGACUGAGAAGGAAUUAGCUCUUUUUGCUGUUUGUCUUUGGUCAGUGUAACAUUUGUUUUUCCUUCUGUCAUGUUCAUACCAAAUUAAGUUAAGCAUUUUAGCGAUUGGACAUUGAAAGAGACUGCAAGCAAUAAGGGACAACUCAGGCCACUUGUUCCCUUUCUUUCUGAUUUCAUUUAUGAAUUUCUCUCAAAGCAAUUUGAGAUGUUCUUAUUUUUUUACAUAUCUUUAUGAGACUAAAGAUUGAAAAAGUGAAAUCAUGAUCCGGAAUAAAUCAUGAAAAUUUGACAGUUGAACGCUAUUCAUUUGUGAUCAAUAUUUAAGCUUUUCUUUUCAAUAGUGCCUCUAUGUCAACUUGUACAUGAUAUUUCCAUGUUCUUUUUUUUCUGCAUGUGAUGAGCAAAUGUGUGAGUGAUAUGAAGAAUGAAUAUUUUAUUUGUAUGAAUGAAUAAAUGAUCAAUUGUGGAGAAAUCUAA